AAGCGAAAAACGGAGAACGGGAUCACAGUUUUCCGGGAAAGAGCAAAGGGGAUUUGAUACAAAAAUAAGGCUCCUUUGUGUCCCGCGUGGAAUACUUUUGUACUACGAGAGGUGCGCGAGGUCCGCGUGGUCAAAGUGACCGAAAGCCAAAAGCUAAAAGGACACAUCGGUGUCAGGGUCCCAUCCACCUUUCCUCCAUCUUCUACAAAAUGAAUCCUUUGGGCACGAUGCAGAGGCCAGUCACGCUCAGUUAAAUGUUAGUACCACCUGAGCAGAUAUUGCUCGGCUGGCCGAAGAGGAAAAAGAAGAAAGGGGCUCAACGUGUUGGAAGAUGUCUCCCUGGAUGAUGCUGCCCGUCAGCCUCCCAGUUCUCACCAUCACUGGGAUAUGGGUUGUGUAUGCCAUGGCCCUGUACAACCAACACGUCUGCCCUGUGGAUAACUGGUUAUACAACCAGUCGUGUGAAGAGGAUCUGUACUUGCAGAGCGGGCCAACCUUGUGCUGCACACUAGACAAUGUACCUCUGAUCAGUAAAUGUGGGACUCUUCCACCGGAGAGCUGCUUCUUCAGCCUCAUCUGCAGCACAGGCUCGUUCAUGGUUGCGGUGAUUGUGCUGCUCCGCUACGCCCAUGUCAUUGAGAAGCACCAGAACUGUGUUCUCAACACGGCGAGUCUCUCCACAGGCUGGAUCUGUGCUGCUGGACUCAUCAUGGUGGGCAACUUUCAGGUGGACAAUGCCAAAGUUCUCCACUAUGUCGGAGCAGGCAUCGCCUUCCCCACCGGUAUGCUGUUCGUGUCCCUGCAGUCGGCACUGACUUACCGGCUCGCCAAGACCCAGGGGGAGUACAACGUGGCCCACCUGCGGCUCGCCAUGGCCCUGCUGGCCUUCGUGGCCUUGGUGCUCAGCGGCGUGUUUUUCUGUCAGGAGAGCUUCGUCCUUCAACACGCCUCAGCCAUCUUCGAAUGGGUCUACUGCGUCAUCGUCAUGCUGUUUUACGGCACAUUCGCCUUCGAGUUUGCCGGCGUGUCGUCGGACACCAUGCUGGUGCUGGCCAGGGGGACCCUGGGACCGGCUGGGAAAGAACACAAAUUGGACCCGCUGGGAUCACUGGGAGGGCCGGUUUUACAUGCUCACUCGCAGCCACAUCAACACCCACCUGAGAACAUGUCCAUCCUCUAGACGGCGGGCUCGUCUCAUCCCCUUCAACCUGCUCGUCUAAACAGUUCGUUUCCAGCCACAUUCGUCGGGCCGGCGCAGUGGACGCUCAGGGCCCGAGGGGAGGGGUUGGGGGGGUCGGGGGGUGGGUUGGUUCACCUGCUGCCACAGUGGAGUGUUAAGUUUGCUCGCCUCAGAGCUCAGUGUCUUCUAAAGAACUUUGUAUGUAUUUUGCACAUUGCACAAGUGUGAAACCAAAAUUCCCUCCCAACUUAGUCCUUUGGCCAGCAGUGGGGUACUUUGUCAAUCAGAUCAAGAAAAUGUAUCCCCCCCCCCCCCCCCCGCAGAGAUCAUGUAACUUGUAGAAGUGGUCAUGGCCCAUUUCUCCUCGAGCCGACAGCCAUGAUUCUUUUAGCGUACGUAAGGAGUGAAGCUGCUGAGAUAUCCGAGAGGGAGUGUUACAGCAGGGCCAAUGUCAAGCAUAUUUUCCAACGAGGGAAUGUAAAAAUGCACUAAGCUAAGAGAAAAGGUGUCAAAGGUUAAGUAUAUAAAUGUCUUCGUCAAUCAUGGAGGGAGAGAACGGGGCAGCGCUCUGCAUUUGGCAAACUCUCAAACCUGCAUUAAGCAAUACUUUUUUUUUUAUACAAACAAAUCCCACAGAAUAAUAAUCACUCUACAUUCCAAGGUUGUAGCUGCUGGAGCGCCUUUGUCUUAUUCAGUGAACCGUCUGCUACUUUGUUGCCAGUGUGAAGAUUGUUAAAAUAGUACAGCUGGAGGAGUUGGUUAGCCGAGACUAAACGGAAAGUGAACAUUGGACUGCGUUUCAGGUGUUUAUUGGGUAUUCACGUUGCUCCGUAUCUGUAUGGAUGUGUUUUAAGAAGCCAAGGGACCCACGACUAGCAAACGGUGUUGUGGGUUGAAUUGCAAACCGUACAGACUAAAGACCUGGCGGCUCAUUAAGUCUAACCUUCAUAACGUGAUGUCUUGCUGUUGGGAUAAAUGCAUUUGAUCAACCGUAAAGCUCCAAAGGAUUCAACUUCCUGUCUCUAGAGUUCUACUUAGGAAUAUGAAAGGGAGACGAUACAGUGUCCAGAGGCCAAAAGCGCACCAGCUAAUUCAAGCCAGAGCACUGUGGUUUAUUGAGUUUAGGGAGGGGGCAUCACACAUGUUCCCAGGUCCUAUGGACGUAUUUCUGCAUCUCAGCGCUCCAACAUGGAGGAGCAGAAUAGUCCGCCAUUGCUCUGCCUUCUUACUCAUUCUUUGCAUCCUCCAUUAUUAGUUUUUUUUCUGCAUGUCUAACUGGAAAACAAAGGAAUUCGUCAUCCAAGACAUAACUGAGUUGACGGAAUCUGUGUGGCAUCGGUGCUAAGAGACACGAGGCCGCUUCCUGUCAUUUCCCCUUGUUAAGCUGCGAUGAUGAUGAAGAUGAAUGAAAGCAGUACAAUGGAGGCGUGGGAUGCAUGGACUGCCAACAGUCGAGGAGCAGGGACAGAAGGUCACAGGCACACCUGUGAUGGCCAGAAAUACCAAAGUGGAUAAGUUUCUCACUACCAUUUCAUUUACAUGCUGUCUUUUUCUCCUCUGUGCACUUGUGGACUUCCCCCUACAUUCUGUGCUUGGUUACUUAUACAGAGUAUUGCUUAUUUUUUGGGGGAUUGUUUAACGUCUCUGUGUAAUAGCAACACAUUCCGAGCUCUCUUUUGGGGGGGGGGGGAGCAAGCGCAGGGUUUACAACAGUUGGAGUCUUGUUGGCAUGCUUUUAUGCAGGGAAAAUAUUACUCCGACAUACCACUAACGGCCACAUGUGUGGCAGAGUUUAACAGUGUGGUACCAACGCGGAACAGCUUGUGCAAACUGUGUACACACCACUCUGCCUCUGCCUGCUGGUCAAACAGCGUAUUGCAUUGGAGCUGUAACGUCAGUGCCCAGGUCACAGGACGACUUGUUUUCUAACUGAAACCUUUUUGUAUCUAGAGAGUGGUGAAUGUUCAGUCAGGUUUAGGCCAAAUGAGCUCUAGUUUUACUUCUGAAUGUACAAAGAAAGUUGAACAAAGUCCUGCCAAUCACGUGACCUCCUGCCUGUGCUUCUGCAUUAAGUUCAGCUGUGAUCUUCAGAACUUUCUCCCAGGCAUCUUGUGACCAUACAGUAUGUUUACAAAACGCAUUCCUCUAAAAAGUCCCAGUAAAUGCAUUUUGAGUGCUAAAUGAUGGUGCUGCUCUAGCAAGAAACAUUUGAUCAUUUACACAUUUUACUAAGUUGUAAUUUAAGUGACAGGUUCAUGCAUGUUAAGAAGCAGCGCAUACCGCCCUGGUUUCCGGUUAAACGUUACAGAAAUGUCUUUUAAAAGCCUCAGAUUCACAUUUGCCAAUCUCCGUCAGGUGUCCUUCUCAUGUCAUAUCAACCGCUCUACCUUCUGUGCUCUUUCUUUCCAGCAUUUACUGAUCUGUCUGACCUCUGCACUCAGGAAAAUGUUACGACACCAGCUAUCUGCAUUGUUCAAAGCGGAAUGAACUCUGCUCGAGUCAGCCUUCUGUUGUUUCAAUGGCAUUUGUUCUAUUAACGACGAUUUGCUAUGUUUUGCUUAAUAUAAGUGAUUAGCCAUCAUAUAAUAGAUUAUUUUUGUUAAUCAAGAGUCCAUAAUGCUGAAAAAUAAACCUUCCUGUAUAGCUUGUCAGAAUGCUUAUGCUGCUCUCACCAACAUGGUUAAACAUCUGCAAGAAUCUCCUCCACGCAAUCAGUAUAUUGUUGGUGAAAGCAUUCUGACAAAUUAACAGCUGUUGUUUAACUCUGUUGAAAUCCAAAAUGCUCACUAUGUGCCUUUAUAUAUUGUUUUAAUUAAGAAAACCAAAGAGGUUUAGGUUGUAAAUUCUAUUUUGAAAGUAAUAUGAUUGUGAGUCUAAAUAUAAAUGCCUUAAUGUUCAAUAAAUAAAUACUGUUUUAAAAUAACUAUUUGCUCCAUGUAAUGCACGCGAGCUGUCAAUACUCUAAUCUUGAAUUUCCUUCAUUGAUUAAUUACCAUUGUCCAGUUUCUCCACCAAUAGUUUACAGAAGAACAACACAUUAAAUAGACAAAAAAAAGAACCACGAAUUAUACUAUUACUUUUUUAACUGAAUUUCUUUGACACACUUUUUUCUAUCCGAGAGCAGCGUAGGCAGCCGAGUCUAUAGUAUGUUGAAAAAAAGUCACAGGAUAGUAUUAAGUCAUGCUUGUAUGUAUUAAGAAAUAGUAUGGUUCCUAAAGAACAAAAAAUCUCAAUAGUAUGAAUUAAAUGAAAAUCCAGAUGUAAAGUCAAACUAUAGUAAAUGUAUAGAAUGCUGUGCUAUAGUAGGACAUGAAAGAUUCACACUUUCUUAUGAUGCAGAGAAUAUCUUAAAGAUGAAUCCGAAAGCAUGUCAUAAACAUGAAAAUGUACUGGGAUAGUACUUUAGAAAACACUGCAGCUACAAACACAGCAUGGCAUAAAAGUAAUAGUAUGUCAAAAAUAAAAUAAAUAGCAUGUCACAUCACUCUAAGCUUGCAUAUUGUGGAUUGGGGAGGACAACACAUUUUUAAUUAUCUUUAUUGAUUAAUUAUUUACAUUGUUUGGUUUCUCUGCCAACAAAGACAGAAAAUCAACACAUUAAAUAGAGAAAAACCUCUUUUACAAAACAACGUUGGCAUUAACUGAAGGCACCGGAUGUUACACCCUAAACUCCCACAGACAUGACAUUUUGAAUUGAAUACUGCUCACAAUCUCAAAUCCAUUCAGAAUGUAAGAUUUUUAUAUAUUUUAUAAUUUUAUAAAUACUUUAAGAAAUCUUGAAAGCUGACUUAAAAUAACAUUUUCUAAAUGCCCUGUUUAGAAUUUUAUGUUGAUAAACACUAAAUCUAAAUUCGAGUGGAAGGAUCUCAAUCUACAAUAAAGAGCUGCAACGUAACAAUUCACAUUGAGUAAAACUUAACAACAUGUAAGAUAUAUAAGCAUAUCUG